AUGCAGCCGGUGUCAGUAGCACUCGACUCGAGCGGGGCCGCGUUCCAGAAUUAUGCAGGCGGUGUCUUUACUGGCCCAUGCGGGAUCGAUCUGAACCAUGCGGUGACGGUUGUCGGGUACGGGACGGACAUGGAUGGGAUGAAGUACUGGUUGAUGAGGAACUCUUGGGAUGUCUCCUGGGGCGAGAGCGGGUACAUGAGAAUUCAGAGGGAUUCUGGGGUCGAAGGUGGCCUUUGUGGAAUUGCCUCCAAACAUCCCGAGAGCGUCGAUUGGGUAAAACAAGGUGCUGUCAACCCUAUAAAGAACCAAGGCCAAUGUGGAUCUUGCUGGUCGUUCUCCGUGGUGGCGGCGGUCGAAGCAAUCACACAGAUCACCACUGGCGUGCUACCAAACCUGUCCGAGCAGCAACUCAUAGACUGCGCCACUGACGGGAACCAGGGCUGUCAAGGCGGCUGGAUGGACAAUGGCUUCGAGUACAUCAUCAACAACAAUGGCAUCAGCUCCGAGACGAACUACCCGUACGUUGGGGUCGACAGUACCUGCGAUGUGCAGGCCUCAUCUGUUGCCGAGGCCAAAAUAUCAGAAUACAGGGACGUCCCCCCGAACGAGGACGACAUGCUGAAGGCCGUGGCAAUGCAGCCGGUGUCGGUAGCACUCGACUCGAGUGGGGCCGCGUUCCAGAAUUAUGCAGGCGGUGUCUUUACUGGCCCAUGCGGGACCGAUCUGGACCAUGCGGUGACGGUCGUCGGGUACGGGACGGAUACGGAUGGGAUGAAGUACUGGUUGAUAAGGAACUCUUGGGAUGUCUCCUGGGGGGAGAGCGGGUACAUGAGAAUUCAGAGGGAUUCUGGGGUCGAAGGUGGCCUUUGUGGAAUUGCCUCCAAAGUUUCUUAUCCCGUCGCAUAAGUAUUCGUCUGAGAGAUUACGGCUUCGAGUUCAUGUGGUUCAUGUGCGUUAGUAGGGCAAAAUCGGUCGAUAUGAACUGAGCUUAGUAUAAGUCGAAAUAUCUCGGGUUAAUUACUAUAGUUAAUCUCGUCUAUUUACUGUUUAAAUUUCAGUUGGAUCCCCCGCGACCUUUGCCGGGUUUCUUAUACUAAAGUUUCUUGUGCGUGUUUAUGAUAAUGAGAAUGAAGAGGAUUUGAAGACGGUCCUUGAA